CGGUUCUGUUUCAUAAUUAAAUCCUUGUAAUAAACCAAUGUAUGUUUUGUUCCAACAGGUUUUAAACAUCCAUCGCAAUUCACCAACUGUGCUUUCAACGAUCUGAUUUUGUUUCAGAGGAUUGAGAAAAAAUAUAUUAAGGUAAAGAAAACUAUGUCCGCUAUCAAUCACAUCGAUCAGUUUGAGCAGGAAAUACGAUGUUGUAGAGAACUGGAAAUACCACGGUAUAACGAUUCUUAUAGGCAUCACGUGUUCGUGGGUAGGGUUGAUAGAAGAGGUUGCUAUCUUUAUCACUACGAAAGUGUGUCUUCUGGUGUAGAAUUUCCUGCCCAAAUUAGGAAAGUAUAUCUUAACUUUGAAAAAUACAGGCAUAAUACCUCUUAUAAAGUUCGCAAUAUAUUUAAUCUCAAUGGAGAAAAUGGUGUUGUGAUGUAUAUAGUCAAACGGACUGACUAUCCAAAAAGUGAAGAAGCCGAGAAUGAAUGUAUUAAAAGAGCAGAAAUGAGGUUGGGUGAACAACGCUACUGCACAGUUUGCAACAAUUGUGAAAGUUAUGUGAACUGGAUUUUUUCGGGUGACAAUACGUCUAAACAAGUCGAAAAGUCCGGCAAAAAGAUUAUAGGUGGUAAUAUUAUUGAAGGAAUCAAGUCGAGAGGAGUACAACGUCAAGUUAGUCAAACUCAAAAAACGUUACCCGUGGCCAAAAAAAAAAUCGCUAGUAAAUUUGAAAGCAGAUAUCAAUUAACCGAUAUCAUAGAUUAUUUUAUACCAACAGCAACUGCAUCCAUAAACAGUUUAAAAGGCACCACCCCAUCUCAGAACGAUAUCAAAUCAGUUCUGAACAGCAAUACAUUGAAAUUAACCAUGCCUUCAAAGAUGCGUGAAGAAAUGCGCAAAAUGACUCUCUCCUGGGAUGUUAUUAAUAUAGGACCGCCUCAAAAUAGAAUAAUGUUUGAAGAGUUCCAAUCUCGCGCACAGGAGCAUUGGAUUAAAUCUACAGUUCGAAAGAUUAAAAACAUUGUUGAAAAAGUAGGAAAUCUAUCAUUUGCAUUUACAUUUGGUAUUCAUUUUUAUUCUGAGAUAUCAUCGCUAUCAAAAAAAUUAGAGGAUAUUAAAAAUGACGAAUAUAUGACACCUGACCAAAAAUCACGAAGCGAAAAAAGGGAAAUCGGUUCGUCUUGUGGUGGACUCGUAGGAUCAUUUUUAGGACAAACUUUAUUUCCGCGUUUAGGAGGACAUGUUGGUGGUUUGAUUGGCAGUGCUGUUGGGGGUGUGAUUGGCGGAACAAUUCAUUCAGUUAGUAAAUUUCUAAAGAGAAUGAGUUUUUGGUGAUUAUACAUUUUUGGUGAUAAAUUAACUCGCCUAUGUAGUUUAUCUGGCAAAGCCGUAUUUGGACCUUGUAAAAAUUAUGGUAUUUCCCCACAGCUGACAAAAUAAGUAUUGUUUUUUUUGAUAAUAAUCAAUUGAUUUGAUGUAAAGUAAAACAAGUCAUUGUUUUCAAUCGUUUUGAAAUACUUUUAAAAUAUUCAAAUAUUAUGCGGUAUGAACAAUUUAUAUAGGGUUUUUAAUUGUAUAUAUUCCUAAAUUCGUUUCCGACACUUAAGCAGUAUUCCUCGGGCUGCAACAACUGUUAGCUAUAGUUCUUGAUUUUCAAAACCGAUUAUUAUGAGUAUUUCAGUGUGUUUUGUGGUGGUAUUUUUGUUUUAACAAAAUUUAUUUGCUAAGUUUUGACCUCUGAGCGAUUUAUAUGAUUAAAAGCAAGAUCUAUUAAUACUUGAGAAAGAAUAAGAUGAACUUGUUAUAUUUUAACUGGGGUUAUUAAAAUUGACGCCAGUUGGCUGACUAAAGUGUACCUAAGUUGUCUUGCAAACUUAUUGUACAUAUAUUUAAGGUGUGCGUAUUAUUACUUUGGUUUUCAUUUUUAAUGCAAAAUAUUCUAGUUGUCGCUUUCAGGCAUAAUUGUACAUGUAUAGAAUUUGCACAAAAUACCAGUUGUUUAACUAAAUAAUAUUGGGCAUCAAAUUGCUAAUAAGUAACCCUAAUGUCCGAAUAACUUUUUCUACCUUUUAGUUGUCGUUUUCAGGCAUAAUUGUACAUGUAUAGAAUUUGCACAAAAUACCAGUUGUUAAACUAAAUAAUAUUGGGCAUUAAAUUGUUAAUAAGUAACCCUAAUGUCCGAAUAACUUUUUCUACCUUUUAGUUUAAGUUUUUAAGAAGUUUUGUUUUGCAGAUCAGUUGCUUUAACAUAAAAAAGUACAUAUGAUUUGGAUUUUUUACAGUUAUAUUAUAAAAAAAAUCCAAGAUGUAAAAACUCAAUCAUUUUGCUAAUAUAGGAUAUUAUCAUAUUGUUUAGAUAGGUCUUCAUACAGAUACUAAGUUAGAAAAUGUUUGUUUUUCAGAUCACUUAUACAUAUAUUUUAGAUAUGGGCUUAAAGAUGGAUUUUGGUUAAUAGUUAAUGCAUAAAAUACUUGCUGUUGAAAUUUUUUACAAAUUCUAGCAGAUAUGGUACCUUCAUUAUCUGGAUAAAUCCUCCUACAAGUUCCAAAAUAAUAUUUUAUUUUUUCAUGUUGCAGAUCAGUUGUUUAAAUAUCAAGAUGUUCAUAUUACUCGUAUUUAAAUAAAUAAGACCCGAAAAACUGACCAACUGUUGAACUAAGUCAUUUCUUAACGAAAUGUUACUGAUAUAGAGUAUCCCAUUUGUCCAGAUACCUCUUUCUACAGUUUGCAAGAUAAACUUUUUUUUUGUCUUGCAGUUCCAUGUGCACAUAUGCAAGUUGUGUAUUUUAUUUUGUAUAUGCAGACGUAUAGCAAUAUAUUUUUGCAUUUGCUUUUGUAGAUUUUGUCCUAAAUGAUAUAUUAAUUUUUGUCAUGUACAGCUUUAUAUUCCAAAUCUACUGUGUGCAAAUAUACAGAUAACUUCGAAAUUACAGUACUUGUGUAAAAAUCAAGGAUUGUCCACAAUUUAAGAAUUAUGUUUUAUGAAAAAUGUUUAUAUUAUGGAAAGGUUUUGGCCCCCAUGGAACAGGUAUCUUAAAAAUUGUUCAGAUCCCCACCAUUAGAUGAUAUAUUCUUGUUUCUUGUAUUCUGAUGCAUUAAAUGGUGUGAAGAACAUGACCUCUAGGAAUUGUUUUUAAACCAUCCUCAGAAAUAAGGAAUGACUAUAUAAUUUGAUAACUUUUGAAAUCCUUACCUUUAAAGGGACUAGGACAAGAUUUGAGCCCAUUUUUUCAAAAUUUAUUUUUUCAUUUUAAAUGUCUUGAAUAAUCAAUAUUGAUGUUUUAAAUGCUUUGUUAAAAUUUUAAAGUCAGAUAUUGGGUUACAAAGGUUAGAAUUCUUUGUAUUGUAAACAAAGCUAGAGUCCUGUUGUUUUUUUGUUUUUUUUUUACAUAUGUGUAGUAUGGUAUAAGUUUCAAUCUAGUGUUGCUUUUUGUUGUUGAUACAAUUAUCUAAUUUUUUUUUUACAGUUAUUUAUGAACAAAUAUAAGACUUGUGCUUUCUUUACAUAACAACGACUUCUUUUCUCUACAUCUCGCUUGUAACUUGACUUCUAACAAUCAAAUCCUGUGUAAGUCCUUUUAAGCGAUAUUCAUUUUUACUUCUUGUGCCAUUGCGUAUCGAAUGGUAUAUAGAUAACCCCCUAGAUCCGAGAUGAUAGUAAAAAAACUGGCUAUUACAUGUAGUAACUAGCUGUUAUUUAGUAAAAGAUUUGGACUGAAUUGAGGAAAUUGAUGACAGAUAUAUGUAAUUUACAAACAAAUUUUUAUAAAUAUUCAAUCCUUUGUGGAAAAUAUGAUAAUAAAAAUAUUCAUAAGUUAGAAAAUUUAAUCCUUUUUUCACAAAACAAUACAUUCUGCAAAGUAAAAUGAAAACAUUAAGGCUAAAUGUAAAUAUCAUUACGAAAUAUAUAACUAGAAGACUGUUUAUUGAAAACAUUUUGCUUCUGAAAAAUAUGGAACAUUAAAUGGAUGAAUUUACUACCGACGUAUUUGUUUGCUUCCAUUGGAUGUGCGUAAACGGGAGCAAAUCCACGUUUUUUUAAUUUGCAUUGGACGAUUGCUAUUUUUUAAUUUUCUCACAGUCGACAUUUUUUUUAAUUAAUGAUAAAUCCAUGAUAGUUUAAUUUUUAAAGAAAUGAAUUAUUUUUGAGCCCACUAUUUUUUCAAGCAUGUAAUAAAGGGAAAUGAUAAUAAGGAAAUUAAUGAUAAAAUUUAAGAUAAAAAAACUAUAGACUAGCUAUAUUUGUACAAUUGCAUACAAGUCAUCAUAUGUAGAUUCAGGGAGGGAAAAGAUAAAUGUUUAAAAAAAUAGUUUAUUGAACUCGCUAAAAUCCCCUAUUGUUAUAAUGAUGUACUUUUUUUACAGACACUGAAAGGUCAACCUCUACUACUCCAGUUGCACGGUUCUGUUCGAUACGCUUUGUGAACGGUACAAUACACUCUGCCUUGCAUUAGCAUGUAACUUGCAUAUCUUAAAGUAUGUAUGUGUGUGAGAUGGAAUAAUUCAAUUGUUAUUAAAAGCAAUAACUCUUUUUUUUUCGAAUCAUGUCCAUUUUUCUCAACCAGUGCAAGCAUGGGUAUUAUUCAAUCAAAUUAAAACAAACAAAUCAGAUCACAAAAAGGAGUUACAAUAAUUGUCCACCACCUUCACUGCUGCCGCUGACCAAUUUUCACUUAGCAUUAAUCUUACCUUUGAUAUACACCCCAACCACCAUUAUUUAUUAUAAUUUUGAUUUUGGAAGAAAUAGUACAUUACAAUAUAGUUCAUAUCCUUGCCCGUUAUUUUUGCCGAUUUUUUAUUUUUAUUAUCACACCCUUGAAAAGUGUAAAACUCGACUGUUUUACAAAUUACUAGCAUCAUCUAUUAGGAUAAACAUGCUAUGAUGGAAACUAAUAGGAAUAUUUAACUUUCAUGCUUAAGCUAUUGAAUAAUUUAUCUGAUAGAGUUGUAAGUUUUGAUUCGUUAUCAAUACAUGUCAAUAUUUCGUAAAUGAAUAUCUAGUCUUUUUAUAAGGAGAAAAAUUGACAAGCUGCAGCUCAUAGAUGGAACGUAAAUGAAGGUUAAUAAUUAAACGGCCUUAAUAUUGGUUAUCAAUUAGAUCUAUGGUUGAGCAUAAAACAUAUUUGGCUGUAUUAUAUCAGAAGGAUAGCAAUUUGACACACUACUUGGACUUUAAAUGAGAUCUUUUGAACAUGUACGCAAAUCUGAUGUUAUGAAAAAUACGUUUUAGUUUGGCAUUUGACGUUACCCGUUUAAAAUUAAAUUAGGCAGGGUUCGAUUAAAAAGAUAAUUGAAAAACCAUUUUUCGUUUUAAGUGGCCCGAGGGUUGAGCAUAAAAGAUGUUUGGCUGUAUUACAUCAGAAAGAUAGCAUUUUGACACACUACUUGAGGACUUUAAAUGAGAUCCUUUGAACAUGUACGCAAAUCUGAUGUUAUGAAUAAUACAUUUUUAGUGUGGCAUUUGAUGCUACCCGUUUAAAUUAAAUUAGGCAGGGUUCGAUUAAAAAGAUAAUUGAAAAACCAUUUUUCGUAUUAAGUGGCCCGAGGGUUGAGCAUAAAAGAUGUUUGGCUGUAUUACAUCAGAAAGAUAGCAUUUUGACACACUACUUGACUUUAAAUGAGGUCAUUUGUACAUGUACGCAAAUCUGAUGUGUAAACAGAUAGCCAUACUAUGACCUUGAAUUGCUAGUAUUACAUAUCGGUCACUAUGAUACUUAUGUAUACCUAGGUACUGCUCACUGAAUGGUGGUAAUGAUAACUAACAGAAUGAACUCUUGUAGCACUGCGUAGUAUGCCUAAAUGAUGUUAUGAAACCAGGUGAAUAGUACGGGCAUAAUAAUAUCCAAAUUGAGAGUUUAAAAACACAUUGCAGUAAAAACUGAUGGCUGAUCGUCAUAUUUGGCGAUUCUGUGUCUGCAACGAUAGCUCUGGUACUCAAAUUGAGUCAUGUAUUGUAUAGUCUAUAUAUUAACCUUUGUAACCUUUUAUGCCACGUAUGAAUGAACGUAUUAUGAGUAAGUGAUGCCUCAUACCUAGGUGGGGGACUCGGAGACUCAAAUCCUGCAUCCGUACUCUUUGAUUGGCAGUUUUGACAGUUUUGUUACUUUAUUUAGAAAUAAAAUAUUAAUCUUAAUUUUGAACACUAAAUGUUCACUCAUGAUCGUCGUAGAUGGGCCGAACUAGUCAGAACUGUCCAUCAUAAGUAUAAUCUUAUAUUUACCCAUGUAAAAUGAUGUUGAGCAGAUUCUUUGAUUUGGGCUGCUUUCAAUUGUUGUAACUUUGACUAUACGAUCACGCUUGUUAAUAAACUAUUGGUGAAAGAAGUACUGGACUUCGUAGCUUGAGUAGCAUCUCCAAGAGAUAACAAAGUUUGAAGGCUUACAGAUGUUAUGAAUCAUACAUUUUAGUGUAGCAUUUGACGUUAUCCGUUUAAACUAAAUGAGGCAAGGUUCGAUUAUAAAGAUAAUUAAGUAACUAUUUUUCGUGUUAUUUGACCGAGGGAUGGACACAAAACAUGUUUAGCUGUAUUACAUCAGAAGGAAAGCAUUUUGACACACUACUUGAGGAGUUUAAAUUAGAUCUGUUGAACAUUUACGCAAAUCUUAUUUUAUGAAUAAUACAUUUUAGUGUGGCAUUCUACGUUUCCCAGGAUUGAUUCUAUACAUUCUUGACCAUAAUUUUAUCCCAAGAAAAAAACCCCUGACGUGCCUUCCAAACUCUGGUUAUAUAUAAGAUGUAUGAUGUGUUUUUAACAUUAUUUAAUUUGUAGGAACACACAGUUUUAAAUAAAUAAACGACUUAAGCCUCCGAUAAGUCGACUAAGCCAACUGAGUAAAAGUGA